UGGUUCGCUGUUCGAACAGCACUACUUCGGCUUCCGUAGCUGAAAUUAUCCUUACUACACUUUCUUCCAGGCAUUUAUCAUUCAAUUAAUUUCCUUUCCAAAAGAAACGCAUAUUUUAACGCGAGUCAGGUACAACUACACCCGGAAGGAAGGAGCAAAGGAGUAAAAUACGCCUGAAAUCAGAUACAUCAUGUCAGGGGAAAGUAGUGGUAGUGGCGAGGACUCCGACCAAGAAACCCGCCGUAAAGUUUGCACUGUUAAACACGAGAUCACUAAUGCAAACCUCACAGGAUACACUGAGAAAGUUGGCAUGGAGAACUUUGAACUUCUCAAAGUACUUGGCACUGGAGCUUACGGGAAAGUGUUCCUGGUCAGAAAAAUCAGUGGCCACGAUAAAGGCAAACUCUAUGCCAUGAAGGUUCUGAAGAAAGCAGCCAUUGUUCAGAAGGCAAAGACUGCUGAGCACACUAGAACAGAGCGGCAGGUACUGGAGCACAUCCGCCAGUCACCGUUUCUGGUCACCCUCCAUUACGCCUUUCAGACGCAAACCAAACUGCAUCUCAUACUAGACUAUGUGAGUGGAGGAGAGAUGUUUACUCACCUGUAUCAGAGAGAUCAUUUCUCAGAGGAUGAGGUGAGGAUCUAUGUGGGAGAAAUUAUCCUGGCCCUGGAGCAUCUGCACAAGCUUGGCAUUGUAUACCGGGACAUUAAGCUGGAGAACAUCUUAUUAGACAGCGAUGGCCAUCUGGUUCUGACCGACUUUGGGCUGAGUAAGGAGUUUCUAGAAGAGGAGAAAGAGAGGACUUACUCAUUCUGUGGCACUAUAGAGUACAUGGCACCUGAGAUUAUCAGAGGGAAAGCUGGCCAUGGCAAGGCAGUGGACUGGUGGAGUUUGGGGAUUCUUAUGUUUGAGCUGUUGACGGGAGCGUCUCCGUUUACUCUGGAGGGAGAGAGAAAUUCCCAGAGUGAGGUGUCCAAGCGCAUCCUGCGCUGUGAGCCUCCAUUCCCCUCGAUCAUUGGCCCCUUGGCGCAGGAUCUACUGCGAAAGUUACUGGUGAAGGACCCUCAUAAAAGACUCGGCUCUGGUCCCAGAGGAGCCGAGGAGAUUAAGUCUCAUCCUUUCUUUAAGGGUUUAAACUGGUCCGACUUGGCUGAGAAAAAGGUUCACAGUCCAUUCCGACCAGAAUUACGUAAUGAGUUGGAUGUGGGUAACUUUGCGGAGGAGUUUACAGGAAUGGAGCCGCUCUAUUCUCCUGCCAGCACACCACCUAGUACAGACCGUCUGUUUCAGGGCUACUCUUUUGUGGCUCCUUCUAUCUUGUUCAAUAAGAAUGUGGUGAUGGCGGAUGUUCUAGAUGCUCAUGUGAAUGUUGACAGGCCUGGUUCUGCUACAGUUCAGCGCAGUGCUAUGCUAAAGGACUCCCAGUUUUUUCAUCACUAUGAGCUGUGCCUGCAGGGGGCUCCACUGGGCGAGGGUAGUUUUUCUGUCUGCAGGAAGUGCAGACACAGGCAGAGUGGCCAGGAGUAUGCUGUAAAAAUCAUCAGCAGAAGGAUGGAGGCCAUGACUCAGAAAGAGAUAGCAGCACUACGCCAGUGUGAAUCUCACCCCAACAUUGUCACACUCCAUGAGGCCUAUACCGAUCAGUAUCACACUUAUCUGGUUAUGGAGUUGUUGCGUGGUGGAGAGCUUUUGGAGCGAAUAAGGAAAAAGAAGAUGUUUGCAGAAUGGGAGGCUAGUCAGCUGAUGAAGAGUCUUGUGUCUGCGGUCAGCUACAUGCAUGAGGCUGGAGUCGUACACCGAGACCUCAAACCAGAGAAUGUGCUGUUUGCUGAUGAGUCAGAUGACUCUGUGUUGAAGGUGAUUGAUUUUGGAUUUGCGCGGUUGUUUCCAGCGGGGAGCGGCAGUGCACCUCUGCAGACCCCCUGCUUUACCCUGCAGUAUGCUGCACCGGAGCUCUUCCACAGCUCGGGAUAUGACCAGGCCUGCGACCUCUGGAGCCUUGGGGUGAUCCUGUACACCAUGCUGUCUGGCCAAGUUCCAUUCCAGAGUGAGAAGAAAGGAAUGACAUCAUCGCAUGCAGCUGACAUCAUGCACAAGAUCAAGGAGGGCAAUUUCUCAUUGGAUGGAGAAGCCUGGAAGGGUGUGUCUGAAGAGGCCAAAGAUUUAGUGAGAGGUUUGUUAACCGUAGAUCCUGAGCGACGGCUGAAGCUCUCGGCUCUGAAAGAGAAUGCCUGGCUUCAGGGAGGUGGCGUCAUGUCCUCCACCCCUCUUUGCACCCCUGAUGUUCUGGAGUCCACCGGCCCGACUGUCCGUACUUAUGUCAAUGCCACCUACAAGGCAUUUAACCGGGGGAAACGUGAGGGCUUUUUCCUUAAAAGCGUUGACAAUGCACCUCUAGCAAAACGUCGGAAGAUGAAAAUGACCAGUACUGGUGUGGAGACGAGACGCAGCUCAUCGUCCUCCUCAUCUUCCUCCUCUUCUUCAUCCGCUUCCCAUUCCAAGACACAGAAUUGCCAAUCUUUGAAUCCCCAUGAGGGCCCCAAACUGUGACAGCAUCUGUUUGACUGAAAGCUGUUUUGAUGUGGUGAGAGAAUGUAUUGCAAAAGCAUUACAGGGCGAAAAAGACCUAUAAAAAAAGACUACACAAAAUAAUGUAACCUUGAUGUGGCAAAAAAUUCAAAAUUAAUUGAAGUCUCUGCUGGAGUAAAGCACUGUGCUGACCAGA